GAGAUCAAAGGGACGCCAGGUCAUCGAUCUUUUCGGUCUUGGCGAAUUUGGCAAACCAUUCCCGAUAUACAAACGAAGAAUCGAACACUUGGGAGGAUACUACGAUAUCACAAUAGCUUGUCGUUCCCGGACAACGGUACUCGUACCUCCUAGAAUCGAGUGCAAUCAGAAGGAAAUAUCCGCUACAUACCAUCGACGAGACGCUACGAAACACCUACCACCAUGUGGUCCAUCAACCCUCUUACUCUUGCCACCUUGACUUCCCUCACCCUCCUCACCCCCACUUUGGCUCUCGAUUCGUGGUACACUCCCCCAGGCGGUCCCCCAACCGGCUCGGGCUUCAACUCCACCCUCAACCCCUCGUCAACCAAGAUCAAGGGGGUCAACCUCGGAGGAUGGUUGAUCCUCGAGAACUGGAUGACACCCUCGAUCUUUGGGGUAGCUGGUCUACCGGGAAAGGGAGACGAGGAUAGUGUGAUGGAUGAAUGGGGCUUGUGUGAGAGGUUGGGGAAGACGAGGUGCGAAGAGGUCCUGGAGGAGCAUUGGGAGUCGUUUUAUACCGAAGACGAUUUCAAGAGGAUGGCCGAUUACGGUCUCAACACCGUUCGGAUCCCCGUUCCAUACUGGAUAUGGAACGUCACCGAAUCCGAACCGUUCAUCACGGGAUCCCAGAUCCCUCACUUGCAACGGGCUUUGAACUGGAGUUAUGUGUAUGGGCUAGAUGUAAUUCUGGAUAUGCACGCUUUGCCAGGCUCGCAAUCGAGUUAUCAAGUUCACACAGGUCUCUAUGCUCAGGAAGGAUUUUCCAACUCGACCGAAAACAUGGACCGAGCUUUGAACGCUAUCGAACAGAUGGUCGCUGAAUUCACCAAACCCGAAUACGGCGGUGUCGUCACAGCUAUCGAACUCGUCAACGAACCCUGGAUCGAAGCUUAUAUGCCCAACAACAUGCCUUGGGAGCUCCUGGAAGAGUUCAUGGUCAAGGCUUAUGACGUCGUCAGAUCUACCGAAGAGAUCAUCCCGGGGCGACACGAGGUCAUGGUCAUCGUUCAUGAUGCGUUUGGUUCGCUCACGGACUGGACGGGUGGAUUCUUUGCCCCUGGCGGGAAGGGACACAACUGGACAAAUUAUGCGCUGGAUACGCACGUCUAUCAAGCUUGGUCAGGGAUCACUUGGGACGAGGGGCAUAUCGAGUCGGCUUGCGCUCAGGCGAGCUAUUUGGAGGAGGCCCAACGUAGUGUGCCCGUUAUCGUCGGCGAGUUUUCGCUGGGAGUACAGACUUUCUGCGUCGACUACAAGGACUGUUUCAACCUGACGUUGGCCGAUGCUUUGGCGAAUAUCACUUCGACGGGCGGGGACAGGGACAUGUUCCUCCGAGCAUUCUGGGAGGCACAGAUGCAUGCGUAUGAGCAUUCCGCUGGUUGGAUUUUCUGGAACUUCAAGACUGAGCUCGCACCUACUUGGAGUUACGAUCAAUCCGUUGCCCAGAAUUGGGUCCCGCUUGAUCUUGCAGACCGGGUAUGGCAAUACGACGCUUCUCAGGCAUACUGCCUUCAGAAUCAGAACUGGAGCAACAUUCCCGACUUUACCCCUAAUACCCCUGCUCCCCUCAAAGAUGGAACCGCUACCCCAGUUCGGGAAGCCAUGACUCUGGCAGUUCAAGGCGCCCUUCUCAACUCGACCUCGACUUCGAUCUCGACUUCAGCUACUACUACCGGAAGCGCCACCGCUAUUGUGACAGGAGCAAGCGCUUCCUUAACAGGCACUCCCAGUGAAACGGGUGUUCCCACUUCCACCGGCGCAUCUAACGCCGCUUUACGACACUUGAUGACUUCUCCCUGGACAUGGCUCGCUGUAGCUACCUCUGGGAUAAUCCUGAUGACCUAAGAACACCCCACCGGCGGACGCUGGUUUCAGAUAGAGUGUGAUUGAACAUAGAGAUGGAUCUUAGAUGCCCAGCAGUUGGUAUAGAUAAUGUAGCUAUUAAUCUUGCUUUUCCUAGUUGGUACGAAAUAUAUACACGUGACACGCCCUCAUGUGAUUUGCACCUAUGAUCGGCUGUGGAUCAUACAACGAUGCUGUUAUCUAUCUGCGAUCUGCGAUUGGUG